GUCUCAUUAUAUAAGUUUAUUAAUGACGGCAUAGAAAACACUCUUUUCUGUAUUACACACUUUAUUUAUACAAAAAAAAAGCAAAUUAGCAAAACACAUGACCUCUUAUUACAAACAGAAAUGAAAAAAAGGAUUGUAAUAAUGAGAAAUAUAAUAUACACUAGAAAAUACCAUCACUGAGUUUUUUAAACAUAAGAAAACAAUUUAGCAGUUUGCAAAACAAAAACACUGCUUUUCACGGUUAGGUACGUACUCUGACAGCGAAAUUGGCGCUAAAAUCCGCCAUUUGCAAUCCCACAGACGACAAACAACUACAAACUUUUUGUUUGAACACCAAACUUUUUAGAAAGGAGUUUUUAAUUUAUUAAAGUGAUAAAAAUGAGGGGCAAGCGAGAGAUAGCCGCUUUAAUACCAAUUGUUAUCGUUGCAAUGCUGAAUGUUAAGUGUUCCAACGGUUUUGGCAUUUCAUCGUUCGGAAAGGCCAAUACUGACCCACCCAAGCCAGCCAGUACUACCACACCACCGGCUCGACCGUGCACGCGCCAGGCGGAGUGCGCCGGCAUCAGCAGCAGCUCCUGCGUCCGCACCCACUAUGACCCCACCACUCGCUGCCUCUGUGGUGACAACCAGCCUCCAGUUAAUGGGCAGUGCGACUCCCAGACGAAAGCUUUGUACCACGCCUGCGCGAACAGCGACGAAUGCAACGACGGUUUGAUCUGCGGCACACCGAACAUCACGGGCACUGCGCCCGCGCACCUCCGCGUGCACGCCCCGCAGGACAAGAUCUGCCUCUGCGAUGCCGAGAAUGGAUUCGUUGAGAAGGAGCAUACUUGCAGCGACGCUGACAUUCUCAAGACAUCCCUGGUCGCCAUCUUCGUGGUCUCAUGCAUAAGGAAAAUUUUAGCUAAUUAAUUUAAGAU